CACAUAUACACAGUGUGGGCAUUUGCGAGCAUCUUUCUUUCUUUUAUUGUAUAUUUUAUGCAUGUAUGCAUUUUAGACAUUUUGUUUCCUUAAACACAAGAGUGGAAUGUUGUUACUGUAAUAAGGCAAACUGUACUCUGUGUAAUAAAGAUAAAAAGAAACACAAAUACAAUCAAACUGAAAGGAAGGAGAGUUCCAACACCACCACCACCAACAAAAAUCUUCAAAAAGUUAAAAUCCAGGCAGCACUGUGAUGAAGAUCCACCGCAGAAUCUUAACCCACUACCUGUCCUGCACCUCACCCGUGGAUAAAGAGGGAUAUCUUUAUAAAAAGAGAGGCAGAAACCCGUCGUACCUGCGCCGCUGGUUUGUCCUGAAGGGUAAUCUGCUGUUCUAUCAGGAACGCCCGGCGGCCCGCGGACUGCUCGGCGUGAUCGUGCUCGAGGGUUGCAUCGUUCAGACCGGAGAUUCGGACGUCUCGUUCUCCCUGGUGUUCACCGGCCCGGGUCUUCGCUCCUAUCAGCUCGCGGCAGACGAUCAUUUGGGCCAAAAGAGCUGGGUGAACGCUCUCCUGUCAGCCAGCCACAUCUACAUUUCACUGCUCGUCAGAGACCUCGCACACCUUUACCAAGAAGUGAAAGAAGGAAAGAGCCUGGGUGAUUCUUCUCAGUCUUCCACAUCGAAGGAUUCCCACGUGAAAAUGUCCAGCUCCGUCAUCGCCGCUUUCUACGCAGGCUCACCACAUUUUGCUCAUCCUUCUGCCCCAACACACAGAGACACAAGAAGCUAUAGUGCGAGCCACGCCUACCCUGGCCACCACGCUCCUUCUGUGCCAAUCAGAUCGGCUAAUAAACGAUCGCCGAAACACUGGCCCAAAAGAAACGCACAUGUCACACCUCUAAACGGCCCUGCCCCUAAAUACGGGGAGUGGCCUUUAGUGGGAUUCGACCCAAUGGACGAAUUUGCUAAGCUGCACGAGUAUUACGGAAACGAGGUAAAGCAGGUGAGAGCUGAUUGGCUGAAGAAGAAACAGCAAGAGGCGGGCCAUAUUGAAGAGAAUCUUAUUGAUCUAGGCUGAUUUACCCUAUUUAGAUUUCUCUCACACCAGAUAUGUCUCAGUGUGUGUGUUGCAACUUUUACAGUAAAUCAUUUUGAAGAUUUUCUCUCUUCCUGUCCUGAAAGCCUCAACUCAGUCCACUUCUAGAUUUCGGUUCUCGAAACAGAACAUGAAACUGGACAUGCAAAAAGUGUAAACCAGGACAUGGAUGAGUUCAUAUUUGCUUCCUACCCCAGCCAAGACAUAGGUUUGGAUGAUAAACACAGUGUUUCUUUUUAUUUUAUUUUUUUUAUCCCUGAUAAAAAAAAAAUAAGGAUUUUUAUGAAGCAAUCCUUAACUGACAUUACUUAAGACAAUAGUUAAUACAAACUAACAAUGAACUACAGUAUUAAUUUAUCAUCUAUUAAAACCUUAUCUAUAAACUAUGUAAUUAACACGUGCAGUACAUAACAUGCAGUGAGUGAAGGUGUGACGCAAUUUAAUAAGAGAGAGAAUAGAACAAGGGAGGGCUAAAACCUGAAACAUAUACAAUCUCAGCAAAGUGAUCAAGGAAUAAAUUAAACACAGGAAAGGUAAACACCAUAAGGCAGUGAUGGGACUAAGUGGAGACAGGUCCAAAUCAGACACAUGGCAAUGUAAACUAAAGCACACCAUGUCAAAACUGCACAUGUCAAGUUAGAACCAAAAAAGAAAGGGACUUCCCGACAUAUUCAUUGAUUUUUAAAAAAAAAUUUUUUUUUUUUUUUCUAAAGAAAACAUACAUGCAGUGAGUGCGCUUGAGGUCAGAUUUCUUUCUUUUACAGUAUUCAGUUUAGACUAAACUCUGAGCCAUUCUGUUCCUGUUAGUCAGUAUUACUAAGAAAGUUGAUGUUAACGCUCAUUAUACAAGACUUUUUUAUUUACUUUACAUUCAUGUUGAGGAUUAAUAUCACAGAAUAACAAUAGAGCCACCGGUACAUAAAAUACCUCACUUUUUUGUGUUUAUGUAUCAUUAAGGCUUCCUUCUCUUUAUUUACUACACACUCCAUUGUAUGUUGCUUUAUGCUUUUCUUGAUCAGACUCUUAUUGAUAAAUUAAAUUAUAUAUUUUUACAUUUUAUAUCCAUAUAUCUUUUUUUCAGAUGUACAAUAUUUAUUCAUGCUAUUCAUGUCGUAUGAGUGUGACUGCCUGUUAAAGUCUAAAGUACGAGCCAUAGACUGUAUAUACAGUAAUAGCAUGUAUGACAUAAGCGUGUGACUUAGUGGCCAAUAGGGGGCCCUAUUCUCUUUGUAUAUGGUUUGUCAGUUCAGAAUGUUUUUGCUAAAACAUUAAUUUAACCUAAAUAAAAAAUAUUAAAAUAUGAAUUAAACUGAUUUAGUCAGAUCUGUGAUAUUCAUUUGUCUUUUCUUCAAAGAAAUUAUGUGAUUGUGAAGCAACUUUUUACCAAUAAAAUGUUACA